CAACUCCUAACUUGCAACAACCACCUCUCGUUCCUCAUCUUUUAUCACCACAAACCCCCAUUGCCCAUACACACACAGAGAGAUUAGAGAUAGAUAGAGACCUCCACCAUUACAGACUAUACCUCUGUUCUCCACGCUUAAUGCUUCGAACCCAUCUCACAUAUGACUCUAAUAAACCUCAGCUCCCUCUCCCCAUGGCUCUCCCGCCUCUCUCACCACCCUUCUCCGCCCCUUCCCAUCUUUCCCACCACCACUUUUUUGUUCAGAAAUAUUCAAUCCACUUCCAUCAACUUCUCAAAGCUCCUCAGAGUAAAAGCCUCAUUGGGGGAGACCCAAAACGGCAGUGGGUUGGCAGAGGACUCUGUUUCUGAGCUGUUGGACGCUGAGUUGCUUGGAAGAGUAUCGGGUACUAAAGAUGCCCAGGAAGCACUCCAGCUGAUCGCUGAAAUGCCUGACAGAAAUGGUGGUGUUGUGAGUGUAUCUGAUUGCUGUGCUAUUAUAUCGGCUGCCCUUAAGCGGAACAACCGCGACUUGGCUCUCUCUGUUUUCUAUGAAAUGCGUGCGAGUUUUGAUCAAGGUGUUAAUGAAGAUGGCCCUCUUGUUGAGAGGUGGAAAUGGUCCAGACCAGAUGUGCGUGUUUACACAUCAUUGAUUCUGGGUCUAGCUGCGUCACUUAGGGUUUCUGAUGCCAUGAGGAUGAUCAACAAUGUUUGCCGAGUUGGAGUAUCUCCUGCUGAGGAGGUUCCAUUUGGGAAGGUUGUUAGGUGUCCUAGCUGUAUGAUAGCUGUUGCUGUUGCACAACCACAGCAUGGUAUUCAGCUGCUGCUCAUGCCAGUUAAUGUUCAGGUAGUGUCGUGUGCAAAGUGCUGCUACCAAUACGAACUUAUUUCUGGCAACAUAGCUAGCAUUGAGUCGGAAGAAAUCAGCAUGGAUGUUCCAGCUUGGAAAAGGGGACUAAGAUUCCUGAACAUAAUGAAGCAAAGUAUUCCUGCGGCUGUUCACUCCAUUGUGGUACAAACCCCAUCUGGUAUAGCUCGUACAAACAGGUUUGCUACUGAAACAGUUGAUCUCCCAGCACAGGAAGGGGAAAGGGUAACAAUUGCUCUAGCAGCUCCAUCAAGUGUUUACAGAGAGGUCGGUCCCUUAAAAUUUAGUCCUAAGGCACCAAAUUUUUACCCUGGGGAGCCUAUCUGCUUGACAAACCAUGAAGAUGGCCGGGAGUCAAAACUAUUAAGAGCCCCCUUAAAGGAUGGAGGAUCGUUGCUAACUAACCCCUCCAUACUUUUUCCAAUUGUUGCUGUUUUGGCCUCUGGAAAUGCCGCCUCUGGAGUUAUAGACCCCACCUUCCCCCAAUUCCUUCCAGUUGCUGCAGUAGCAUCUCUUGCUGUUGGAGUUACUCUGAACACAUUGGUUGUCCCCCAAUUAAAUCGUCUUCCUCGGAGAAUAGUGGAUACAGUUGCCAUCAAGCAGCAACUUUUAUCGCAAUAUGACACACUCCAAUCUCGUAUAAGGGGCCUAAAAGAAUCUGCUGAAAAAGAGGUCUGGAUGUUGGCUCGGAUGUGCCAACUUGAGAACAAAAUUGUUGCUGUAGGAGAGCCUUCUUAUCGUGCUCGAAGAAGUAAAGUCAAAAGGGUCCGAGAAGGCUUGGAAAAUUCUCUCAAGGGACGAAUUGAACUUAUUGACAGCUAUGCAAGGAUUUCAUCAAUGAUCGAAAUUGAGGUAGAACUGGACUCCGAUGUUCUUGCUGCUGAAGCAGCAAGCAAUGCGAGAUGGAGAAUACAAGUUGAAGCAAAUGAUGAGGCAGAAAGACUUCUUAGUUCCCAACCGAUGCCAACAGAACAGGUUUAGAAUUUUUACUCCAAAAAAAUGAAGCGAAAUGAUGAAGCAAACGGUAAUAUCAUACCUCCGGGAAAGGAAUCAAUAUUAAGCAUGACUCCGGGAAAAGAAGAUGGUCAGUUCAGCAUGUAGGUGCUGCUUGUUCAUGUCCUCCUGGAGAUCGUCUUUGUGACACUGAGUAAAUGUCGGUGUUCGAUUUACGAAGGAAUUUCAUGUUAAGGGAGGAUUAAGGCUAAUGUUCAUUACAAAUUUCAAAUUAAUCACCACACUUGUAAGUGUUCAAAGAAAGAGCCCCCAUUUGACAUACAUAAGAGUUUUCGUUUCUUCUUGUGAAGAUUAUGAAUAAAGGUUCAGACAUUCUUUCAAUGUAAUUGACGUAUCGAAA